AUGGGCCCACCAAACUUCAGCGGUCCUCCUCCUGGUUCGGGAUUCACUGGUCAUCCUCCCGGACCGGAAUACCCUGGACAGCCUCCAUCCAACUUCAGUAGUCAGCCUUCCGGCCCACCGUUCAGUGGUCCACCUGGACCAAAUUACUCGGGUUCCAACAGACCGCCGUUUGGUCCACCAUUCAACGUUCCCCCUGGGACACCUGGGAGCUCACAACCCGGUCCGCCACCUGCAGCGCAUUCUAGUUUGCCUCCAGGGGUUCCUCCUCCAGUGCCGCCGGCGAAUUGCCCUCCGAUGGGUGGUCCACCUCCGGGAGCUUCGCCGGGUUUUCCGUUACAUUUAAUGCCACCCCCACCGAUGUCAAACCUGACGGUUAUGCCACCAGGACUUCCACCGUUUCGGAGUGGAUUACCUUUCGUACCCCCUGCGAUGCCGAUAGGGCAUCUAACACCGAAAGCUCCAUCAACGACCCAAGUUAAGGUUGGAGAAGAUAUUUGGGUCGAAAAUCUUACCGCGGAGGGGAAGUCUUAUUAUUAUAACAUGCGCACGCGUGAAACCCGUUGGGAUCGUCCCGAAGGUGUAACGCUAGUAAAACAGGAUGAGGUGGAACAUCCGGCUAAGCAAUACAUAGGUAUCAGUUUACAAAGCGUAUUCGCUGAAGUGAACGUCUAA